ACUUGGAUUUUUAAGCUAACCCCAGCUCUGCAUCAUGCCUCAUAUUGACAAUGAUGUGAAACUAGACUUCAAGGAUGUCCUGUUGAGGCCCAAGCGCAGCACCCUUAAGUCUCGAAGUGAGGUAGAUCUCACAAGAUCCUUUUCAUUCCGGAACUCAAAGCAGAUGUACAACGGCAUCCCCAUCAUCGCUGCCAAUAUGGAUACCGUGGGGACUUUUGAAAUGGCUAAGGUUCUCUGUAAGUUCUCCCUUUUCACUGCCAUCCAUAAGCACUACAGCACCCAUCAGUGGCAAGAGUUUGCUAGCCAGAAUCCUGACUGUCUUGAGUAUCUAGCUGCCAGCUCAGGCACAGGCUCGGCUGACUUUGAGCAGCUUGAACAGAUCCUGGAAGCUAUUCCUCAAGUAAAAUAUAUAUGCCUGGAUGUGGCUAACGGCUACUCUGAACAUUUUGUUGAAUUUGUAAAGGAUGUACGGAAGCGCUUCCCCCAACACACCAUCAUGGCAGGAAAUGUGGUAACAGGAGAGAUGGUCGAAGAGCUAAUCCUCUCUGGGGCUGACAUCAUCAAAGUUGGAAUUGGUCCAGGUAAGUUGGUUCAGUGGUUCCUUGGGGUCACUGUCUUAUCUAACCCUGUAGUGGCAACAAUCACAGAACACUUCACUCUCUUCCCAGGCUCUGUUUGUACAACUCGGAAGAAAACUGGAGUGGGGUAUCCACAGCUCAGUGCAGUGAUGGAGUGUGCAGAUGCUGCUCAUGGCCUCAGAGGCCAUAUCAUUUCAGAUGGAGGCUGCAGCUGUCCUGGAGAUGUGGCAAAGGCUUUUGGGGCAGGGGCUGACUUUGUGAUGCUAGGGGGCAUGCUGGCUGGGCACAGUGAAUCAGGUGGCGAACUCAUUGAGAGGGAUGGCAAGAAAUACAAGCUCUUCUAUGGAAUGAGUUCUGAAAUGGCCAUGAAGAAGUAUUCAGGAGGCGUGGCUGAGUAUAGGGCCUCAGAGGGAAAGAUAGUAGAAGUCCCCUUUAAAGGGGAUGUGGAACAUACUAUCCGUGACAUCCUAGGAGGCAUCCGGUCUACAUGCACAUAUGUAGGAGCUGCUAAACUGAAGGAACUAAGUCGGAGAACUACUUUUAUCCGAGUCACACAGCAGGUGAAUCCAAUCUUCAGUGACUCCCGAUAGGUCGGAGAAGUCUGUCUUCUGAGGCAGCAGCACUCUACCACUGGAGCCUCCAAAAGGGCUUCUCACCCAUCCUGGCUACUGUGGCUGUGGGUUACUAUUCGGCUCCUACCACCUCACUCGAGUG